AUGGCAUCAUGUAUGUGGGCGUGGGGAGUGUCCCUCCAUCAGCAGCUACCUUGCAUGCUCUUAUCUCCCCCAUCCCAAAACCUUUCUACUUCCGCUAAAUGUUUCCACUCCCUUUCCCUCCGCCUUUGGAAUUCCCGCAACCAUUUUUCUCUUAACUCCACCAACACUUUGACCGCCAAUUCUGCUGAGCCAAGAAAUGGUGUAUAUACAGUAGGUGAUUUCAUGACAAGAAAAGAUGAGCUACAUGUGGUAAAGCCGGCAACAUCUGUGGAUGAAGCGUUGGAACUAUUGGUAGAACGCAGAAUCACUGGUUUCCCUGUCGUUGAUGAUGACUGGAAAUUGGUUGGUCUUGUUUCUGAUUAUGAUCUAUUGGCUCUGGACUCUAUAUCAGGUACAGGAGGAGAUGAUGCAAACAUGUUCCCAGAAGUGGGCAGCAACUGGAAAACAUUUAAUGAGGUUCAAAAGUUGAUAAGUAAGACCAAGGGGAAAGUGGUUGGUGAUUUGAUGACUCCUGCUCCACUAGUAGUUCGGGAGUCUACCAAUCUUGAGGAUGCAGCUAGACUUCUACUCAAAACAAAAUACCGCCGGCUUCCUGUAGUCGAUAGUGAUGGAAAGCUGGUGGGAAUAAUAACAAGGGGAAAUGUUGUGAGAGCUGCCCUUCAUAUAAAACGGGUCAUGGAAAUGGAAGGCCAACAGUGAUCAAUUGAAUUCAGCAGUAAACGGCAUAGAUGCAGUUCAGUUCAAGAAACAUAGAAUCAUAUGUUCUCCCUUUCCCUUACAGGAGGGUUGACAUAAGGCAGUCAAACUUACAUUAGCAGGGUCUGCCAAGUGGUCGAACCUAGGGUAUUUAUGUAAAAGUCUGUUAGAAGAUGAAAAUGAAACUUCCUAAAUGUGCAAGACAUACAGAGUUUAGAUAAAUAUGUGCGAGUCAGAACUCCUCACAGGUGUGAGCCACAGAAGAACAUAUCAUUUGUAAUUGAAAGGACUUUUAAUUUAGGUGGACAUUAAAAAGAAGGCUUCUUUGAGGUACGGAACUAACACUUCUUGAUUCGGAUAAAAUGUUUUGAUUGCAUUUUCA